AAGCGCCUCAGAUUGAGGAAGUGGCCGUUCAGAAGGGCCCGUGUUGUUGCCUGGUGAGCAGCCUCUGUUGUUUCCUUUGCCGAAGGAAGGCUUCGGGCCUAGCUCCGGCUCUGUCUCUCCGCGGCCUCCACACUUUCUCGCCCGAGCAGCCGACUACGAGGCUUCCUUCCCCCUCAAAUCCCUGCUCCGGGGAGAAGAAGCGGGCGGCGCCAUGAACUUAGAGCGAGUUUCCAACGAGGACAAGCUCAGCCUUUGUCGGAAGUACUACCUGGGUGGCUUUGCUUUGCUUCCCUUCCUGUGGUUGGUGAAUGUUUUCUGGUUUUUCCGUGAGGCAUUUCUGGCACCAGCAUAUACAGAGCAACUACAGAUUAAGCGCUAUGUCCAGCGUUCAGCUGUGGGUCUUCUUUUCUGGGUGAUUGUACUCACCACAUGGAUCAGCAUCUUCCAGGCGCGACGGGCCGAUUGGGGUGAGCUUGGCGACUACCUCUCCUUCACUAUUCCCCUGGGCACCCCCUGAUGAAUCUCUCUUCCUCGGUGGCAGCAACAUGAAGAUUUUUAACUCUUUUUGAUGAACUGGCUGUGUUUUUUGAUUUCCCCCUUCUAUGGGACCAGGGCAGGAUUUAAGUCAUGGAGAACUGUGGUGGGGCUGCCUCUCUGUGCUCCACACAAUCCUCUCUAGCGACAGCCUGUUUCAGAGGUGAUCAAUAAACUUAGGAUUAUCUAUU